GGUUUCUUAUUUACUCAAGUUCUUUGGAGUGGUGAAAACAUAAUCGUUCGAGAAGUGCUCUUUGAUUUAACUUGGUUGCUUGGAUUAAUAUCUGUGGCAACUUAUUUAGCAAGCAUUCUUCGAACAAUUCCACGUAUGCAUUUCUACAGACAAAACCCACACUAUAACCCUUCAUUACAUUUACCAACUCUCAGAGGCAUAGUCUCUGUCUACACCUCGUUUAUAGUACUUGUCACUGCCAUAGUAAUCACGUGCGCAUUUUUUACCGGCUAUUUACGACAAGGCACAACUUCAGAUCAGCAAAAUACAAUUAAAGCUUUGAUUGUAAUUCAUUUUGCGACUUAUUCCAUAAGUUGUUUUUUAAUAGUUGUCGGCUUGGUAAUUUAUGGAAAGAAGUUGAUAAAUAUUGCAAAUGAAGGAUUGCGUCUGUUAGAAGGAGUAAAUGGUUAUUCGACUACACCAAGAUCUUCAAAACGAUAUAGAUUUUCUCUUGCUACACGAAGAGGGAGUAGUUUUAGUAAUCAUCUCGGGUUGAAACAUGAUCAGUUGAAACGAGCUCUUUUAAAGAUGCGCAUUUUACAUACUGCCUUUACUCUUAAUUUCAUAAUGUUGGGUCUAAUAAUAGGAAUAUUCGCAUUCUAUCAUCAAGCGAUAUUUGAAAAUUUGAUAGUUAGCAAAAUGAUUUCGAUAUUAGAUAAUUGGAUGCCAAUGUUAUUAAAUGUUAGUGUCAUGGCUGGUAUUGCUUACGGUGAAAUGAGAAUUUCCGAUAGAAAUGAUCCAACACUUUCAAAUUUGACACUUACAGAAACUCAAACACAACAAUGCAACAUAAAUAUUGAUAAUGGCGAAGUUUUAUCCCAAUCUACAGAGUCUAUCGAAACUACCUCGGUCUUCACUUCGGCCAAUUCUCAUAGUAGGACAUCAUUUCAUCAGAGAAAUGAAUCAGCUGAUUCAGAUACUCCAUUAAUAUGUAAUCCGUCACUUUCGAGUAUCAAUGCAUCGGAUUCGAAUAGUCUAAACGGGGGUAAAAGGGGUUCAUCAUUGAAACAUCCAGUGUCGGUAAAAUGGCCAACAAUCAUUUCACCAGUGCAUUUAUCGCCCAAACAAUCAAUACAGUAUGGAAUGAGAAAUAGUAUUAAAGAUCUUACGGGUGAUAUUAAAAGCCUAGGCAGAAAUUCUUCAGUUGAUGCAAAUUUUGAGACAGAUAUUACAUCGACAUAUAUAAAUCUAGACCUUUCACCUGCUCAACAAAUUAGUUUAAAUUUUUCUGACUUGAGUGAAGAAAUUAUAGGUGAAGGAAGUACCGAUG